UGGCAAUCUUUGGACCCUGUUCAGCCUUGGGAAGCUGUGAUGGGGCUGUGAGGCCAAACUGAUUUCCCACUGGAUCCUGUGGGAGUUGAGGAAAAGGAUCCUGAGGGGCUGAGAGAAAAAGCCCUCCAGGGAGGAACUGAGUGUGAUAUAAAAGCGGUGACGGAAGCUGACCCAGCACUGUGAAUGGCUGCCAAGGAUUAUGACCACUUGUUUAAAUUGCUUAUCAUCGGAGAUUCGGGGGUUGGCAAAAGUAGCCUUCUGUUCCGCUUUGCAGAUAACACCUUCUCAGGUAGCUAUAUCACAACAAUUGGGGUCGAUUUCAAAAUCCAGACACUAGUGAUUAAUGGAGAAAGAGUGAAGCUGCAAAUCUGGGAUACGGCUGGACAGGAACGGUUCAGAACUAUUACCUCCACGUAUUACCGCAACACCCAUGGUGUCAUCAUUGUUUACGAUGUGACAAAUGCCGAGUCCUUUGUUAAUGUCAAACGUUGGCUGCAUGAGAUUGGGCAAAACUGUGACAAUGUGUGCAAGAUUUUGGUGGGUAAUAAAUGUGAGGACCUGUCACGGAAGCAAGUAGAGACAGCUGAUGCCCGGCGGUUCAGUGAGCAAAUGGGAGUGCGGCUUUUUGAGACCAGCGCUAAGGAGAACCUCAACGUUGAAGAGAUGUUCAACGCCAUUACCACCAUGGUGCUCCGAACGAAACAGGAAAACCUGGCACGGCGGCAACAGCAGAACGAGGUUGUCAAAAUCAACAAGCCCAAAAAGAAGCCUUCGGUCAAGAAAUGCUGCUGAAGGGACAGCCCCUGUAGAUGCCCUUUUCUU